GUGGCAAGAGCAGCUGCAUCGCCGACUCGGGCUGGGCUGCAGCGCGAGAGAGCCAAGGCGUCACCGACAUGCACGGAUUAUCACUUCACCGCUGCCGAAACGUGAUCUAACGGGGGUUUACGGGCGACAACGUGUGUAAGAUUUCAUUCAUUGGUUAUUGUGUGCGGCUAUAGCGUUGUCUUUUGUUUAUGAGAUUUCCGCAGCAGAGAUUCGGUGGGGAGCGUAAAUAUGCGUACAGUAGACGUAGCAAAUACAGUCUGCCAUCGCGUGAUGCCUUAUGACAGCUGAUUUUCAUCAGUCUCGUGAGCAAGGUUUCAGUGUUUUUUCCCAGUUGUUGACACUCCGGAAUCAAAGAAAGAGAAAAUGUCCAAAACCAAGAAUUGUGAGACGGUUAAGGUGGUGGUGCGGUGCCGUCCGCUCAACCACAAGGAGGAGGCGGCUGCUUACGAGAGCGUCGUUGACAUGGAUGUGAAAUUGGGACAGGUCGCUCUGCGGAACCCCCGGACCCCAGGUGAGCUCCUCAAAUCCUUCACCUUCGACGCGGUGUAUGACGCCAGCUCCAAGCAAGGCGACCUGUACGACGAGACGGUACGGCCGCUCAUAGACUCGGUUCUUCAAGGCUUCAACGGCACAAUCUUCGCAUACGGCCAGACGGGCACCGGGAAGACGUACACCAUGCAGGGCCAGUGGCAGGACCCGGAGAAGCGCGGUAUCAUCCCGAACACGUUCGAACACAUCUUCACUCACAUCUCGCGCUCGCAGAACCAGCAGUACCUGGUGCGCGCGUCCUACCUGGAGAUUUACCAGGAGGAGAUCCGGGACCUCCUCGCGAAGGACCACAGCCGCAAGCUGGAGCUGAAGGAGAACCCGGAUUCGGGGGUCUACAUCCGUGACUUGUCCUCCUUCGUUACAAAGAAUGUCAAGGAGAUCGAGCACGUGAUGAACGUGGGCAACCAGACACGGUCCAUCGGGUUCACAAACAUGAACGAGCACAGCUCGCGCUCGCACGCCAUCUUCCUCAUCACGGUGGAGUGUAGCCAGAUGGGGCCCGACGGGCAGAACCACAUCCGGGUCGGCAGGCUCAACCUGGUGGACCUGGCUGGCAGCGAGCGGCAGGCCAAGACCGGGGUCCGGGGAGAGCGUCUGAAAGAGGCCACCAAAAUCAACCUGUCGCUGUCGGCGCUGGGGAACGUCAUCUCGGCGCUGGUGGACGGACGCAGCUCGCACGUGCCGUACCGCGACUCCAAGCUGACGCGGCUGCUCCAGGACUCGCUGGGCGGCAACGCCAAGACGCUGAUGGUGGCCACGCUCGGCCCGGCCGCGUACAACUACGAGGAGAGCCUCACCACGCUGCGCUACGCCAACCGCGCCAAGAACAUCCGCAACAAGCCGCGCGUCAACGAGGACCCCAAGGACGCGCUGCUGCGCGAGUUCCAGGAGGAGAUCGCCCGGCUCAAGGCCCAGCUGGACAAGCGCGGCGUGCUGACCAAGGAGCGGCAGGAGAGGAGGACGAAGAGGAUCACCGAGGACGGCGACUCUGAUGGCGAGCUGAAGGACGACGAUGAGGAGGAGGAGGAGGAGGGGGAGGAGGAGGAGGAGGAAGGGGAGGUGGUGGAGGGGGACGGGGACGGGGACGGGGAGGAGGAGAGCAGCGUGCAGAGGGAGGCCCGGGCCUACGUGCAGCAGCAGCAGCAGAGGCUGGAGCAGGAGAAGGCCGCCAUCAUGGACGACCGCAGCCUGGUGGCCGAGGAGAAGCAGCGGCUGCUGGAGGAGAAGGAGAAGAUGAUGGGGGUGCUGAGGAAGGAGCAGGAGGCCGCCGAGCUCCUCACCACCAAAGUCAAGGCGCUGGAGAGCAAGCUGCUGGUUGGGGGGAAGAACAUCAUGGACCACACCAACGAACAGCAGAAGAUGCUGGAGCUCAAGAGGCAGGAGAUCGCAGAACAGUCACGCAGUGAGAGGGAGAUGCAGCAGCAGAUGCUGGCUCAGGAUGAGGAGACUCUGGAGCUCAGAGAGACCUUCUCCUCCCUGCAGCAGGAGGUGGAGCUCAAGACCAAGAAACUCAAGAAGUUGUAUGCAAAGCUGCAGGCAGUGAAGGCUGAGAUCCAGGAUGUGAAUGAUGAGCAUGUGAGGACUCGGCAGGAGCUAGAGCAGACUCAGAAUGAGCUCACCAGAGAGCUCAAAUUCAAGUACCUGAUUAUUGAGAACUUCAUCCCCCCUGAGGAGAAGAACAAGAUCAUGAACCGCUUGGUGUUCGACACCGAGGAGGACCAGUGGAAAUUCCAGCCCCUCGUUCCUUCAGAGAACAAACACACUCAGAUGAAGAGGAGGCCGGCCUCCGCGGUGGGCUACAAACGACCAAUCAGCCAGUACGCCAGGGUUGCCAUAGCGAUGGGAGCCCAUUCCAGAUAUAGGGCGGAGAACAUCAUGAUCCUGGAGCUGGACAUGACUCCUCCCACCAUGUUCCAGCUGGAGUUCGCCAAGGCGGGCGGCGAGAACGACCCCAACCGGGACCCGCUGCACCUGGACAACGCCACCUGCCGCGAGAGGUCCGCUGGCCCCAGGGUCAGGAAGUCCCGCUCAUGGUGCCAGGCCCCGCGGGCUCUGUCCUCGUCCGCCUCCACUCUGUCGCUGGCGUCCUCAGGGUCCCACAGCCUGCCCCAUCCUCACAGCUCCACGGCAACCAAAGUCCACCAAUGAGACGAGAGGAACUCCCGCCUGUGCAACUCCACCGCACCAGCGAGGAGUGGUUGUGACUGGUUAUGACCUCUGAAGAAACACAGAGUUACUUAAUGCUUCGUCAGGGUGUCGGACGUCCAUUGGAAUCAACUGGACAUUUCCUUUCUUCUUCAUCAUCAGCCUUCUACUCCCAUCUCUCUCUCUCUCUCUCUCUCUCUUUCUCUCUAUUUCUUUUCCUCCGUUCCUCUCUCACAGACCUGUGAUGACUUGAACAGCCGUGUGGAACUGCCAGCCAAAGUGGUGCCUGGUGGAGGCCUACAUGAUCCCACUCCCACAACACAAACAGCCACUUUGCUAUCGGACACUCUUGCGUUUUUGUACAUUACCAAGAUCUUUUUUUUUUUUUUUUAAGCCAAUCACGUCUUUUCUCCUGGCAAAUGAACAAUGUUAACCAGAAAAGGGACCCAAGUCCCAUAAACGGACGCACCAACACCAGAGAUAUCCAGGUCCUGUCACAGCCUUCAGCCAAGCCAAGUGGGCGGGGGGAUGGGGGGAUGGGGGGAUCAACGAUGAGAAACCUACCAAAGUCCACCAGGAGAGGAGCUGGAGUUGCCAUUUUUAUUUGAGCGAACAACUGAACUGAACACACACACACACACACAUGCGUGGCACUACGGAGCCCCGGUGGCGGCGUUUGACAUUUGGGGAUGUGAGGCGUGACGCUGGAGCUUAGUCACAGUGGCCUGACCCUUCUGUGACCUCCGCUGCCCUCCGUUUGACCUCUGAAUUGUACAGAAAGGACCAAAAGAAGAAGGAUUUUGGAUUGUGGAUGUAAACAACCUCCCAAUCUCUCUCUCUCUCGAGUCCUUUUUCUCACUUUGUUAAUCUCUCUGUCUGUCUGUCUGUCUGUCUUUCUCUUUGUCUCUCUCUCUCUCUCUUUCUCUUUCGCUCUCUCUCUCCCGCUCUAUUGAUCUCUCUCUUUCUGCAUGUCUUUUGUGUCUUUGUGAAUCUGGUCUGAACUGGUUUUGUGAGUAGCUGGUUUGCUGUAAGCCAGACAGUGGGUAUUUUAAUGAAGUCUGGGGCUUAAACCUUUAAUAAUUGCUUAACCUUGGUGACAACUACUGACUGAAGGUGACUCUGGCAUACGGCAAUAUCUUUGAAAAGUGCAGUGGAACUAACAAUAACUCACCCACAUAAAAACACACAUUGCUGAGCGUUAGGUAACAGCCAUGCAGAAUAUCUUUGUGCUGAAUGCCCCCUGUUCUGUAAUUAAUGUACAUAAUGGAAAUGUUUUCUUGUCUUUUUUUUUUGUUAUGAAAUCAUAUGGACAUUGUAUAUUCAGAUAUGUGUUGAGCUAUGACUAGCGACAUAAAGAGUGGCAGUUGGA